UCGGCUGGGGGGAAGCUCGUGCUUGUGACAAAGAGGCUCCGCUUUAUUUACACACACAAAUGUGCACCGGACUCGGGAUGAUGUUACGGAGGGAUCACAAACGGUCCGAUAUGCGCUGACACGUGGACACGUGGACGUGACACGUCCAGAGACGGCGUGACAGCAGACACGACCUGAAAGAGAGCAGGAGGAACAAUGAUGACAUUUUUUCCGUUGAGGAAAAUCAAGCGAAACGGGAAAUACGUGUUGUUCGUGGGGGUGCUGGUGUUCGUGGGGUUCGCGGGGUACCUGGAAUACGUGGCCACGAGCACGUGGGAUAACGUCGAUGACAUUCAGCAGAAGGAGCAAAAAGCCUGCACAAUAAAUGUGAACCAAGACCAUGUUUCUUCCAAGAACAUCGUCUGGUCUUCCAAAUACGUCCCUCAGCCCUGGAGGCAGGAGUAUAAAGGACGGGCGAAUCUUCAUGUCUUUGAGGACUGGUGUGGAUCCUCAGUUGCAAGCCUCAGAAAGAACCCACACUUCCCCCAGUACCCUCAUUCUCGUAACACAGUGAAGAAACUCGCCGUGUCUCCGAGCUGGAAGAAUUACGGCCUCAGGAUCUUUGGCUACAUCCACCCGUACACCAGCGGUGAGUUUCUUUUCGCAGUGGCGUCUGCCGUUAACUGUGAGUUCUGGUUGAGUGACAAUGAGAACCCGGAGAACCUGCGACUCCGUGCUUAUGUUGGAAAGACUGGUGAGGAGUGGACCGCUCCGGGAGAGUACAGCAAGUACACCAGCCAAAUGUCCAGACCUGUCCUACUUCAGCAACAGAAAAAGUUUUUCUUCGAGCUGAUUCACAAACACAAUGAUCAAGGCACCGAUCACGUGGAAGUCGCAUGGAGACUCAAUGAGGCUGGAAAGAAGUUUGAAAUUAUCGACUCCAAAUCACUGUCUCUUUAUACUGACGAGUCCUUCCUGAAGAUCAGUGAUGUCAGUCACAUCCCACAGACGUCUGCGAGUCACGUAGCCCUGCAGCUGGAAAAAAAACAAGAUCGACUCGACAGAGUACAAAUGCUGAGAGAAGAUUCUCGAGACACCUUCUUUAAAACACCCUUAUUGGACAAGUCCCAGUUAUGGGGUUUGUUACCAGAAUGUUUCUAUAGACCCACUUUCACGGUUAAAGACAGGAUGAUCGGCCGCUAUGAGGGUCUGCAUUUUGUCCACCUGACUUACGUGUACCCCAAUGACUACACACGGCUCACACACAUGGAGAACAGCAACACAUGUUUCUACAAGAUGAAGCCGUACUAUUUAAAAAUGUACGGCUUUUCCUGGUAUAUGAGACUGGACCAACCAGAGGAGCAGGACACGAUGUUCAGAGACAACGAUGAUUACAGGGCAGGAUGGAAGGACAGAGCGAUGAGGCGAGGUGAGGAGGAUGAGGAGAUUCAGCAUGAGGAGGAAUUUCACUACCGUGAUGACUACGUUCAGCAACAACAAAGAAAACUGUUCUCUAACUCACUGACCAAGAAGAGCUUGAGAAAGAGAAAGAGGCAAAACAAACAGGAUAUGAACAGAAUAGAGAGAGUAAAGAACGAGAACCUGGCACCGGAUAAUAAUUCAGUAUCAGUGAAAGAGAACCACAAUCUACUGCAAAACCAAAACAAUUUGGUGGAUGAAGAGCAACUGCAAAAAGGAAACAAAAUGGUGGAAGAAAACAAACAUCUACUGCAAAGGCAACAGAAUAUAACGGAAGAAAUGCAACAUAAACGUCAAAAAGGAAAAAAAAACAAAAAGCUGGGCAAGAACCAACAUAGACCGCAGAGACAAGACAAUAUGGUGGAAGAAAAGCAACCUGAGACACAAAACCAGAACAAAUUGGUGGAUGAAGGUAGAUUUAGACUGCAAACAGAAAACAAAAUGGUGAAUGAGAACCAACAUUUGGGAUGGAAGGAUGAAGUUCCUGGUCAGAAAGAAGAUAAAGGAUUUAUUGGUCAGGUGAACCAUAAGAAUCUAGAACAUAAAGCUCCGAUCCAGGAUCAGAGUCCAGGCGCAAGACCGCGUGUUGUUAACAGAUUAAAAAAUGACACAGAGAUUAUUUUUCUUCCUAUGCCAAAUCUCACAAACCCUCAGCCCCAUGAAGGUGAUUCCAUGAUUCAGAAAGAUCCUCAUGGUAUCGUUAAUCACACCAAAGUCCAGGACGGGUACGGCGAUGCUCUGUCCUCACACACGGGCAACUCUGCACCGAGGACAGGCAGAGACUUUGUGAACAGGGACAGAGACAACAUGCAAAACGGUCUCACUGAAGAGGAAGCAGACCUGUGGGUGCUGUAUGGAGAUUCAAAGAUGGAGGCCAGGAGCAGGAGCAGGGCUGUGUAUGACCCUGAGAUCAGAUGGAAUCAGACCUUUGAUGUCAGUCAGACAGAUUUUCAGAUGCUGAGGUCCGAUUGGAUCGACCUGAACUGCAACGUGAGCGGAAACCUGAUGAUCAGCCAAUCGGAAGUGACGGCUGUGGUGCAGGCUUUUAUGGAGAAACUGGAGCUGAAGUAUCCCAGGAGGUUCUCUCUGCUGCAUAUAGUAAAUGUGGAGAAGAAGGUGGAUGAGGGUCGGGGUAGUCGUUAUCUUCUGGAGUUGGAGCUGAUGGAGUCCUCAAGAGGUCGAGUUCGUCUGGUUAAUUACGUCUAUGUGCUGAAGAGGAGAAAUGUCCAGAGGCCGAGUUUUAACACAGACCUUCUGCUGUGUAACCCACACAACUUCCUGUGGAACCCUGAUGCUACUAUACACAUCAUAGUACCAGUAAAGAACCAGGCUCGUUGGGUUAAAAGAUUCAUUGUGGACAUGGAGGAGCUUCACCAGGUCACAGGAGACAAAAACAUCAACAUCAUCAUCACCGAUUAUUCCAGCACUGAUAUGGACAUAGAAGAGGCUCUGAAGAACUCUCACCUCCCCAUGUAUCAGUAUGUAAGACUAACAGGAAGCUUUGAGAGAUCAGCUGGUCUUCAGGCUGGAAUCGAUCUAAUCACAGAUAAUCACAGCAUCGUGUUUCUGUGUGAUCUGCAUCUCCACUUCCCGCCGGGGUUCUUCGACUCGGUGAGGAAACACUGUGUUGAAGGACACAUGGCAUUUGCUCCCUUAGUGAUGAGGCUUAACUGUGGAGCAACACCUGAGGAACCUGAGGGUUACUGGGAGGUGAACGGUUUUGGAUUGCUGGGUAUUUAUAAAUCUGACAUGGACGCUGUAGGAGGCAUGAACACCAGAGAAUUCAAAAACCGCUGGGGAGGAGAGGACUGGGAACUGCUGGACAGGAUCGUGGAGGCGGGUUUGGAGGUGGAGCGUCUGCACUUGAGGAAUUUCUUCCACUACCAUCACUCCAGACGCGGCAUGUGGAACCACAAACCACUGAGCAGCACGUAGAUCUGGCAACCCUGUGUCCUCAAAAGACACUCGCUGUGGCACUUUAUCCCCUUCACCAUCAGGCUUCAUCUGCUUUGUGGGAGGAGCCAUGGGACAGUGCUGAGUGUUUGAUUGGCUUUUAUCACUCAGCUGAUGAAGUUCUCAGGAGGAUCGACAUCAUCGGGUUCCUUUUAACGCUAGAAACAAAUGACGUCACACACUGACUUUCUAAAACAGAGUUAAAGCUUUGCAUAUUUUUAUCAGUACCUUAUAUUUUGAACCUCAGCAGGUGGGGGCGGAGUCAGUCUAAAACAGAGGCGUGUUUCAGUUACGCUCAAAUCUGUUCUUGAACAUGGAUUCAUGACACUAUUAAUGAAAUAACAGUGACGUCCCUUUAAAGUCCAGAGGACAUCAGAGCAGACGUGUCAUAAUCAAUCGUGGCUCAUGUGGAGGAGGAAAUCUGAAUAUUUUUCUGGAUGAACUGAUGAAUGUAGUUAAGGUUGUAGCAGAUGAGAGCUCAGUCAUCUUAUCAUGAUGUUCUUUUGUUCAGCUGCUAAAUCACUUCUGCUUGAGUCAAAUCUCCAGUCCGUCUGAAUGUGAAGCUCACAGGAACUUUCUCAUGUAAAGAUCUGACCAGCUUUCAGCAACUCCAUCACAGCUCUUAAGGUUGUGUAACAUCAGCGCAGAUCAUCAGCAGGACGGUUAGGAGGUCUUGAUCAAGACGCUCGAUGGUUUCAGGGCCCGGUUUGUGGAUUGUUGUAAGUUGAGAAGCUUUUUUACUGAAAUAUUUUAAUUCUGAACUGAGUCCAGAACACAGCAGGAACUUUCUGGUAUUGGAUGAAUCAAUUAGUGGAAAUCUUUACCCAGGAUGCAAUGUUUUUAGGUUCAUUUAAAUACAUUUUAUAUAUUAAGGUGGUUAAUGUGCUGUAACUGAUGUCUAUGUGUGAAACAAUUUUUGGGGGAUUUGGAUUUCAAUCUUAUAAAAGUUUUGAAUCAACUUUAAAAUGACUAGAUAUACUUAUAUAAUGAUAUACAUUUAGAAUUCAGUCUAUAUAUUUAUAUAUUAAUACAUUUCGAUAUGGAAAUUUUCAUCUGAAUUUGUACAUCUGGUUAUUUUGAAAUAAAAUGUUGUUAAUUUUAUAACUUUACACUAGUGUUAAUUUCGUCCGACGAGACGAGACGAAAUAUGUUCGUCAACAACCUUUUUUUUUCAUGACUAAGACGAGACGAUGACAAGACUGCACCACUGUCCAAAAACGCUGACUAAGACUAAAUUAACACGCAUUAUUGUUGACGAAAAAAGACGAAAAAAAACGAAAAUGUUUUGUAUAAAAUAAAAACUAAGAUAAAAUCUCUCUUCAUUUUCGUCUACAAUUGUCUCUGCUUUUUCAUCAGCUGUUACACCUUUAAAAUAUUCACAACGAGUUCGCGGCUUCGCGCUGUUUAGUGUGUGCGUAGAAACAAUUCGUCCGAGCGCAAGUCCACCCCUGGUCUAGUCAGGCUUUUUGUGUUCAAUUAUAUUCCUGUCGCUGCACAGGCUCUUUUAUUGUACAUGACAGCUUAUGUCCCGAUGACCGGUCUUUACAUUACGAUUAAAAGCAGCAUCAAUAAAGUAAAAAAUGUGAUGUGCGGUCAAGUUCGAGUGAAACACUUUUUUACUGAAAUGUUUAUCAGUAAUAAUCUCAGUAAUAAUGUGUUAUUUUAAAAAAGACUACAAUUUUUUGACUAAAACUAGACUAAAAUUAAAAGACUUUUAGUCGACUAAAACUAGACUAAGAUACCUUGAGUUUUCUUUUGACUAAAACUAGACUAAAAUGACGAGACCUUUAGUCGACUAAAACUUGACUAACAAAAAAAGAUAUGUGAAUGACUAAAUAUGACUAAAACUAACAAGGACAUUCGGCACAAGACUAAGACUAAGACUAAAUUAAAAAUAGAUGACGAAAUUAACACUAGUUUACACACAAACUCAAAUUGUUCAAUUUUAUCAAAUUCAACUUUAAGUCUUUAAAGCAAUUCAGAGAAACUUCAGAGGGUUUCAGGGAUUUUGCUGCUCUUGUUUUUUGUAAAUGUUUGUAUUUAUGUAUUUAUAUAUACUGUACUGUACGUUUGACGAUCCGCUGUCAUUUAUUUACCAGAUAAAAGCUACAUAAAUUGUUGCCUGAUUUUGAUUCA